AUGUCCCGUGGAAUACUCCCCCCGCCGCCUAUAGUAGAAGAGGAAGAUGAAGAAGAUGAGGCCCUCGUCCGGCAGUUGGUGGAGGCCACAGACGUGGAUGCGGUGAUUGAGCGGAUGGAGUGGGAUCACUACAGUCAUCUCGCCCCAAUUCUCCACAGCAUGGCACAGUUUGACCGCCCGCACUCCUCCACUACCAACACGAACACGAACAAGACUAUAUAUACGAAUAGUGGAAUGGGAAUGGGAACUAAUAGAGUGAGUGGAAAUAAUAAUAAUAAUAAUAAUAAUAAUAAUAAUAAUAAUAAUAAUAAUAAUAAUUCCAAUACUAUCACGAGUCCACAGACACAGCGUCGACGAUUACAACAACAACAACAACAAGGAAAAGAAAAAGAACAAAAGUUCAAAGAGAAGGAUGGACGAUAUAAUGGAAUCCUGCGAUCACCAGCUGAGACCAUAGGAGAGGAUCGUUAUGGUAGACAAGAACGUAUACGAAAAGCCUGGUCUCCUCCUCCACCACCGCCUCCUCCUCCAUUAGAAGAGAUAAGAUCAUAUCCACAAGAGAAGAUGGGCGGAUAUUUAGAUGCAGGAGUGGUCUCACCACCAUUAACAUCACCUAGGGCAUCCGAUAUGGAAACAUCCUCUGCACCGUAUGAAAAUGAUCACACGGAGAAACCUUCAAUUACCCGACAACGUCGAUCACGACUGGGUAAAACAAGUAAACUACAACCUCCUAUAGAUUCUCCUAAACUGAUGAGCUCAUUAUCAAUGAAUAGGCGAGAUUAUAAUACCGGACAACAACGUAAACGUUACCAAGAUAGACGACGAGCACCUUCAUUUGGGGAACAGUUAUCACCAAAGCAGCAGCGGCAACAACAACAACAACAACAACAACAACAAUAUCCUCCUUAUAUAUAUGUGGAUCGACAAUUAGAGCUUAGUCGUUCAUAUCGUGAACUUUCAAGUAUUCGUGCACCAUCUACUGAUGUACGUUUACGCCGUAGUCAAAGUGCAGAUCGUGACUUGUAUCAGCGCAGUAAUCACUAUAGUAAUAAUUCCAAUGUGGCUAAUGCAUAUUGGCGAACACUUACACCACCUCUACCGGAACCUGCGACUCGUCGGCGUCGUUCUUAUUCUCCUCCAGUACCACCACCAUUAUCAUUUCCAGCACAAUUUCAAUAUCAACCACCACCACCACCACAACAACAACAACAAAAUAAUAAUCAUCAUCAGUUUUUUCAUCAACCGUUGCAACAUCAAUAUGAUAAUGUGAAAGAAUAUUAUGAUGGUGACUUUAUACAACGUACUAGAGAAGGAAAUAAUUAUAAUCAGGGUAAUUACUGGGGUCGAAUGGAUGCCGGUUAUGAAUCUACCUUAACAGCCACGACGGAAGAAGCACACACAUCUGAUGACAGUGAGUCUGAAUUGGAAGAAGAAGAAGAAGAUGUCGGGGUAGUUGGAGCUUACAAUGCUGUUCCUCCUCGUAUUAUAGAGCGUGAACAACACCGACGUCAACGCGUGGUAGAACCGCUUCCAACUUCCUCAGAUACAAAUGAAGAAUCACGUAAAACAGGGAAAUCUGCUAGUAGAAGAGAGCAAGAAGGAGAAGGUAAAUCUUCACCACCAGCAGCAGCAGCAGUCUCUAGUAAUAAUAAUAAAAAUAAAAAUAAUAGUAAUAAAAAUAAUAAUAAUAAUUAUGACCGUAGUCCUGGGGGAUCAGAUGAAGAUACAUCGUGUGAUCCAUCCUAUCACACACACACUAUUCAUCCACGAGCCUCACUGCGUAACACCAGCAAAGGUGGAAGAAACAGUAUUAAUAUUAAUAAUAAUAAUAAUAAUAAUAAUAAUAUGCAUAAUAACUCUGAAACGGAGUUUCCACGUGCUACAGUCUCUUUAUCCUCGUUAGCCCCAACUCCACAGGAUCAUGCACUUCCAGAGAGAAAAGAAUUGGAUAAUGAAUCUAGAUCUCAUUCACAAUCACAGGCUCGCUCACCAGGAGUGAGUGAGAGAAGACCCUCUACGGUUUAUUCCGUAAAGGAUGACACCACAUCACGACCAGAGACAAUUACAGGAAGGUUAAGUGGUCAACGAAUAAGUCCAGCUUUAUCACCAAAACGUACACGGGCUUCUACACCGCCUAGUAAAUUACAAAAUAGAGGUGAAAGGAGAUAUGAUAAACAAACAGAUUAUAAUAAUAAUAAAAGAAAUACUGGUAAAGUUAGUAGAUUGGAUGCAUAUGGUAAAAAAAAUGAACGAAGGGUACAAUCAAAUCAUAAUCUGAAAAAAAAUAGAGGUACCGUAGUUCAUCCUUCCAUGCAGGAAGAUUCAUCAUCUUCCUAUUCGUAUUCUUAUUCUUAUACAGAUUCUUCAGAUGUCUCAAUUAGUGCUUCCUCCCCACGGCGAAAUUCAAGAGAGGCCAUUAGAAGAACACCAACGAAAAAUACAACCAUGAUAGAACCAAAAAGAAAUACUUCUGUAAGACCAUUUAUAGGAGCUAAAAUUGUUCCACCGCUUGGGCAAAGUGUACGUGCAGCACCCAAUACAAGUAAUGUGAGUAUAAGGAUGAAACAACAACCUGUAGGACCAUCUAUUCAACAACAACAACAACAACAACAGCAACAACAACAAUAUCAUUCUCUACAGAGAAAACGACGACAAGGACCUCCACCACCUGGAUCAAUAAGAAAUCCAGGUCCAUCGUUAAAUUAUUCUUCAUUUCCAAUGCCUGAAAUAAGGUCUCCUUUAGAUGAUGGAAUGCGUAGUAAUCAUUCACAUGUUAUUACACCUGGACAAAGUUUACAGCAUUCUUUACCAAAACCUUUACAUGCACGUUCAGCACGUUCAAUGCCUGCAAAUGAAAGUUUACUUAGUGUACCUAAAUCCGGAGCCACCUCAUCUAUUUUUAAACCUUAUGUGUCUUAUAUGCCAAAUUCUAUGUUUGCCCCAACUCCAUGGCAAUCUACUCAAAGUAGAUCUCGUGCUAGUACAUCUGUACCUAUUUCUCCAUCUAAAGAAAGUGAAGUGCAAGAACUUGUUUGGCGUACAAGUGGUAGUGGAUGUGUAGAAGGUAAAAAUCACAAAGUUCCCUCUCCAGCUAAGAGAGAACCAGAAGCUAAACGUAUUCCUAUUCCACAACGAAGUGCAUCCGCUGGUGGAAAUCCUCCACCACCAAAAAAUCUUCCUUUACGUGUUCGGCGGUCUAUGAGUCAUACACGAAGUUUAAGUGCCAGUGGUACUGUGGAAGUACCGCUUCAACGUGCAAAUGGAAAACAAAAUCUUUCUUUAACACAACGACCUACGGAUGCGGUUCCUAAAGUAAAAGAGAACUCACCCAAUCGACAAAAGUUGCAGGGAACGCCGACCAGAAAACUACAAAUGGGAUCAUCACCAUCACAACAACAACAACAACAACAACAACAACAACAACCUCCACCAACAUUUGUAAUACAACUUCCUACGAAUGUGAAACCGGCGAAGACGAAUAUACCAUUUGUUACUGCUGUAGGGCAGAGUCCAGUUGUUGGGAAAAGCUAA